UGCAAGAACAAUUGUUUAGCAAACACAGACUCCAACGUUUACUCAACCAAAAUGACAUUCUCUCCCACUAAAACACACACACACACACAGUUUGUCAGCAGCCUCCUCCCUCAGUACGCAGAUGUGUGAGCAGCAGGAGGUGUGCGCAGCGCCAAACCCAAACUUUUUUUACGCACCUGGCCGCUGAUUCACCUCUCCUCCUCUCGUGGAUUAAACACCUGCACCGAGCAUCAGCUGCUGCAGCCGCUUCAUCUUUUCCACAAGAUUACGAUGGAUUAACAUUUUGUUUUUGGGAGCCAUGCUCUCAUUCUUUGGUGCUCUCUGCUCACACCGCCGACUCCUCGCGGGGAACCAAUCCGACUUGGAUGCCCUCCAUUGCCGUUUCCGCAUUCUCGCAGCCACCGUGCGCACUGCAGGCGCGGAGCUCAGAUCCAUGAUCUCAACAGAAAAAACCGGUUCCUCCGGCCAGUCUACCCAAGUAUUGCUGGCGGGGGCAUUAUGUUUAGAGCCAGAGGAAGAGAGAGAAACCGGAGGACUGACGGGCUGGACGUCGUUUCAGAGGACUGAGGAAGCCUGAAGCGUCUCAUUGAGCGGAAGAACCUGGACUAACCGCCGCCGCUUCAUGUCCCGGGAUGGAGGGCUGCUGUCGCUGCUGCAUGCCGUGUUGUAGCCGGCUCUGGAACUACAUUUGGCCGGACUUCCGCUACCCGAACGUCCCCAACAACAACAACCAUGUCAUCGCCAACCCGGCCGCGCAGACGGCGGAGAUCCGCACCGUGUCCGGGGACAUCCGCGUCCCGUCGCCCAAGAAGCGGCAGGUGCAGCUUUACGCGGCGCUCUUCGACUUCGAGGCCCGCAGCAACGACGAGCUGACGGUGAAGGAGGGGGACAAGCUGUCGGUGAUCGAGAAGCGGGGGGAGUACGUGCUGGCUAAGAAGCUGACCGGGUCUCUGGAGUCCGGACUGAUCCCAGCCAACUACGUGGCUCUGCUGCAGGACGAGUUCGCCAAACACAAGUGGUACUACGGGAACAUAAACCGUGGGAAAGCUGAAAAGCUGCUGCUGGCUUCCCAAAACAAAGAUGGCUCCUUCCUGGUUCGCAUCAGUGAGAGUCACAGUGACGAGUACACCAUCUCUGCCCGCAGCGAGGGGAAGGUGUACCACUUCAGGAUCCAGCGCUCCUUCAUCGGGGCGUACUUCGUCUCAGAUAAAGUUUCCUUCGGCACUCUGGGAGAGCUCAUCUCGUACUACCAGAAGAACCCUCGCAGCCUCGGAGUGCCGCUCGAGGAGCCGUGUGCACAGCAGCGCGAGCUGUUCGACAUGGAGCCGUGGGAGAGGCCUCGAGAGGAGUUCAGGCUGCAGAAGAAGCUGGGAGAGGGGCACUUUGGAGAGGUGUGGGAGGCUCUGUGGACCACUGAGAACAAGAAAGUGGCCAUAAAGACGCUGAAACAAGAGGACACGAAGCAGGACGAGUUUGUGAAGGAGGUCCAGGCGCUGAAGAGCCUGCACCACCCGAAGCUGAUCCAGCUGCUGGCCAUGUGCUCCAGAGGAGAGCCCGUCUACAUCGUGACCGAGCUCAUGAACAAGGGGAGCCUCAAGUCCUACCUCGCCUCUGCUGAAGGCCAGGUGCUGACAUCAGCUCAUCUGAUCUACAUGGGCAGUCAGAUCGCAGAGGGCAUGGCGUAUCUGGAAGACAGGAACAUCGUCCACAGAGACCUCGCUGCCAGAAACGUCCUGGUGGGAGACGACCUGGUCUGCAAGGUGGCCGACUUCGGACUGGCUCGGAUCAUUAAGGACAGUGUGUAUACAGCCAGUCGAAACACAAAGAUCCCGGUGAGGUGGACAGCUCCUGAAGCGGCAAUUUACCAACGGUUCUCCGUAAAAUCAGAUGUCUGGUCGUUCGGGGUGCUGCUGUACGAGAUGCUGUCCCGCGGCAAGAUGCCCUAUGAAGGAAAAAACAACAAGGAAGUAUUGGAUCUGCUGUCAUCUGGGUUUCGGUUGCCCUGUCCCAGCCGCUGUCCGCAGAAUAUUUACAGAAUAAUGAUGGACUGCUGGGGCGCAGAGCCCUCCAAGAGACCCUCGUUCCACGCCCUGCACAGCCAGCUGGACUCCAUAUACGCCAGGAUAUACUUCAAGACUGUAGAGGUGUAGAAGAAGUGAAACAUGGAGGAAGAAGGGGACAGCAGGAGCAGAUCUGCAACGGACUAUCAACUGCUGGAUGGACUGCAAAUAUGCGGAGAGAAAGAAAACGGGGAUGCAUGCAACGUCUUCCACUACAGGGUAAUUGUACUUUAAAAACACCACGGUGUGAGAAGACAGAGGGAAGAGCAUCAGAACUGGACAUUUGGAGAAGAUGCUCGCCAAAUCAAGGAAAGAAAAUUAGGAAUACCUAAGAUCUUAGGCUCAAAGAAAGCAAGGCAGAUAAUUAAAAGACUAUCACCUUAGAAAGGUUUGUAUACACUCCUACUCCUAAAAACAAUUGAACACUUAAACCCUCGGCACAUUCACAGAACCAACUGUUUUUAAUUUUAUACCCGUUUUGUGUUUUAUAAAUGAUAUUUUAUUACUUCUGGAUGUGCCAUGUUUGUGAAUGCACACAUUUUGAAAUGUUAUGAAAUCACAGGUAAGGACUUUAUUUAAUCACCUGCCUUUGGACUGCAAAGCUAAAAUGGAGGUUAUGUGCAAUAGUUAAGAGGUUUUCGGGUUUUUAGCCACGCUAGCGGCCCUGUGUAGAGAUUUUUUUGACAUUUAACUGAUGCCAUGAUAUUUUGUUAAGACCUUUGUGAUCCUCAAAGGAUGAAACUAACAACUUUGAUGACUUUUUAUCUAGCAUCAGCAACAAAUAACAAUUUUCUUUUUACAACACUAUGAACAGACUCCCUACAGCUUCCGCUGUACUUAAAGAUUAAAGGACUCUCUAAAUAAUAAACCAAUACUCUAUCAUGGUACUUUAAUGCUUAGAAUAAAAAGAUGGAUGCAUGUUAACUUGUUAGCUCAACAGAUAACAUUCAUGCUAAACUCAGUAGCAUACUCAACUGGAUAAAUAUAGAAAACUUAUUACGCCUAUGUCAGAAUUAAACUCAAACCGAUGAGCCAAAGUACAGUUCUUUGAGUCUGAGAUGUCUUGAAAUGAUCACUAUUCAGAGUUUAACAGUUUAUAUUUGUGUGACAAAAUAGCUCAGGGAGAAUUUUUUUAACACCAUUAGACUUUAAUGAUCCAAAUCAACUUCCUCUCCAUCAGCUUCAUGGGUCCUCUAGCGUGGCUGAACGUUGUUGUCUUGUUUUUAACCACAAAAAUAAAGUAUUUUAAUCUGCCAACCUUCUGUUACAGGAAUUUGAGAAGGUUUUGGCUACAUGUUACACCUGGAUAAAUGUUUUUCUUGAAUAAUAUGGGGAAUUGUUUUUAUCUUUCAAUGUGUUGGGGUCUGACCCGGUGCUUUAACGGUCAGUGGGCCAUAGAGCCAUGUGUACAGGUUUUAAGUUAUUAAACUUUGAAGAGGUCCACUGUAAUGGCCGGUAACAACUCGAGUGCCUAUGUUUACACCACAUACUGUCCACACACUUCAAACUGGACUGUAAAAACGACAAAUAUGGAAUAAUGUAUGAGGCUUAAAGACCUGCACAGUGAAUUAACAAUAUCCAAAGGGGAAUUGAGACAAAUGCAACUUUUGUCUUUUAUGCAUGAAAACAAUCAACAAAGCCACGUUCAGGAAACUUUAGCCAUAAUCAUCAAAUCACAAGAUUGAGUUGUGUGUUUUAGGCUGAAUGCCAUUGGGUACCAAACACUAGUAGUACAAAGAAUAAAAUAUUUAAAGUAU